AUGAGCAUCGCAGCGCUCUCCCCCAUCGCCCCUGAGCCUCCGUCCCCCAUGAUCACCUCAGUCACCCCGACCAUGGACCCCGACACCUCCACCACCUCCCCCUCUGCUGCCUUCACCCCCGCCCCUCUCAGCCUGGAGGCGGAGCAUCAGUCCCAGGAGGAUGGGGGCUCCUCACCUGGCCUGGGCCCCAGCAGAGGCGGCCUCACUGGGGGAGGACCUUACCUGGGGCGGGACUCCUCCCAUAGGUCAAAGAAACCCCCGCCCCUUCACACUGGAGCCGACUGGAAGGUGGUCCUCCACCUGCCGGAGAUCGAGAAGUGGCUGAGAGCGACGAGCGACCGAGUCACGCAGCUCACACACUCUGUGAGUCAGGACACCGACAACAGACACGUGGACGUCCACCUGGUGCAGCUCAAGGACGUCUGUGAGGACAUCUCGGAUCAUGUGGAGCAGAUUCACGCCCUGCUGGAGACCGAGUUCUCCCUGAAGCUCCUCUCCUACUCCGUCAACAUCAUCGUAGACAUCCGGACGGUGCAGCUGCUGUGGCACCAGCUCCGAGUCUCCGUCCUGGUCCUGAAGGAGCGUCUGCUGCAGGGCCUGCAGGACUCCAACGGAAACUUCACCCGGCAGACCGACAUCCUGCAGGCCUUCAGCCAGGACCAGCACCAGACUCGCCUGGACGCUCUGACUGAGGUGGACGACUGCGGUCAGCUGACCAUCCGCUGCAGCCAGGACUACUUCUCUUUAGACUGCGGCAUCACUGCCUUCGAGUUGAGCGACUACAGCCCAGGAGACGAGUCCGAGGCGAGGGAAGCCGAGGUGGAGGGCGAGGACGCCGCUCAGGAGCCCGAAACAACUCAAGUCCCACAUCCAGACCCAGAGGAGGAGGAGAGUCUCUGCCUCUCAAACCACAAACUCCACAACAGUUUACCUGAACUCGCCAAUCCCGCUGACUCGACAAACCACAACUUACCCACAAUGCAGUGCAAUGAGAGUGCAAAGCGCCCCCUGCAGGGUGUGAGCCACAGCACUGAGGUGUCCCCCACACGGCCGUCGCUCCCCAAGAGAGCCGCUCUCUUCUCAGACGGAGGAACCAGGGGGGAGGACUCCUGGGGAGGGGUGGGGAGCAUUAGUACGAUCUCUGGGCUCCAGUUCCAGGCCGAGCUGAGUCAGAGCACCCCCUCCCUCAUGGAUCCACCGGACCGCUCCAAGUUCUGGCUGGAGCUGGACUCGGUUUAUCCAGAGAAUGUUUCACAGUCCUACGAGAGUCUGCAGAUCAUGAACGGACGAAACCUCCAGAGAAACCGUCUGAGCUCCAGACAGGGAGGGCGCUCUCAGAGACAGAUACCCGACCAGAGGAGUUCAUAUGGGGCCAGAACAACCGUCGACGGCCCCCCGCCUCCCAAACACCCGGCGUCUCAGGGUGAAAUAUCCAAACAAAAUGAGAGGACGCAGAUGGAGGCACGUGCACACAACGAGGGGGACUCUGACUCCUCGCUGCCCUCCCCCAUGAGGGAGCAGUUCCUCUCCUCAGACAUGGAGGCGUCCGGAGAGGAGUCGGACCCCCGGCCGCGGCCCGGCAAGACAGCGGUGUGGAUCGUGAAGCGCCAUGGGCAGAAGGAGACCCAGGUGUCAGCAGGAGUCGACCCACAGAGAGAGCACUGGUACGGGUCAGAGGAGUUCCUGGCCCUCCCCGCUCAGCUCAAGAAGACGGAGAUGCUAGCCAUGAAGCUGGAGAGUCUGGCUCACUCCAUCCCAACGAGGCCCGGUGGUGGUGACUCUUCCCAGGAUGCGUUGCAGGAUGUGGAUGACUGGGAUUUGACGGAGCUCAACCAGGACUGGGAGGUGGGGGAGAGCGAGGACGAGAUGCCUUCUCUUCUGCCACCGCUGCUCCCCUACAGACGGAACCUGGUCAGACGCUUUAGCUCCACCUCCUCCAGCGAUUUUGCCCCCUCAUUGGACGAGAGCAUCGAGUCUGGUCCUCUGAGCGACCUGCAAUCCGAAGUGGACGACGGCCGGAGAUCUACGGAUCGCCGCCUGCAGCUGACGGCGCCCCCGCUGGACACGCGUGGAGGUGCGUCCCUGGUGCAGCGGCUGCUGCAGGACAUCCAGAACCAGGACAAAGACCCGGCCGUCUGGAAGAAAAUCGAGUGCUUCGUGCAGCAGUUGGACGGGUUCAUCUCGUGGCUGCAGGAGGCGCUUGACAGCACGGAAAACUGGACGCAGCCCAGACAGGAGCUGGAGAGCCUGAGGGUGUACCUGGACACACACCUGAGUUUCAAGCUGAACGUGGAGAGUCGCAGCGCUCUGAAGGACAGCAUAAUGGAGGAAGGCAGAGCUCUGCUCACCGUCAUCCCCUCUCACCAAUCAGGUCUGAAGGAAAUCCUCCAUAUGGUCUCCAGCCAAUGGGAUCAGCUCCUGCGGCAGAUCCGGCGCCAACAUGGCUGGAUGCUCCGCGCCCUGCGCUGCAUCCAGACCCGCCUCCUCUACACCAGCCAAUCACAAGAGCCCUCGGGCGACCCAUCGGCCAAUCGGCAGGCUUCGUGCCCAUCAGACGGCUUCAAGGCGGAGCUGAUCCCCAGUCAGUGUGAAGCCCAGCGAGCCGCCCUGGCGGAGCAGAUGGCUGUCAGGCUGAGCAGCCUGCAGUACCCGUCGUCUGCCAACAGGAGACUCUGCAGUCAGCUGGUCAGGAACAACAGUCUGCAAGAGUUUGAGGCCGAGUACCAGGAGCUCUGGGAUUGGCUGAUGGACAUGGACGCCAUGGUAACAGACAGUCACCAGCUGAUGAUGUCAGAGGAGCAGAGACAUCACCUCUUCAAGAGCAGCCACGCUGAGCUGAUGCUGAUGGAGAGCAAGAAGACCAGCCUGCUGGGUCGAGCCGAGUCUCUGAAGAGGAGCGGGACACAACUGCCUGGCGACUUCCACCCAAAAAUGCACAACCUGACGCACACCUGGAAACAGCUGGAGAAAAUCCUCUCGGAGCAUUCAGGAGCCGUGUCCUCCUCCUCCUCCUCUUCCUCCCAGUCGUCCAACAUGAACUCCCUGCAAGUCGGAGGUCGCGGCGCGGCGCAGGACAACCCUCGCUCGGCGCUCUCCCCGCUCACCAACUCUCUCCUGGAGCAGCUGGAGGCUCGGAUCAAGGAGCUGAAGGCGUGGCUGAGAGACACCGAGCUCCUCAUCUUCAACUCCUGCCUCGGACGGGACAAAGACGCCUCGGAGCAGCUGCACAGCUUCAAGUCUCUGUGUUCGGAGGUGCGAGCCCGACGCCGAGGAGUCGCCUCCGUCCUGAAACUCUGCCAGAAGCUGCUGCAACAGAGCCAGUCGGGCCCCAUGGCGGAGGUGGGCCCAGAGGCGGAGCAGCACCGGGAGGCCCUGCAGCUGCUGUCAAUCAACCUGGAGAGGAGGUGGGAGGCGAUCGUGAUGCAGGCGCUGCAGUGGCAGAACCGACUGAAGAGAGAGCUGGGGGAGCAGCAGGUUCCUGGAAGCGUCUUGGAACCGGGUCUAGUUGACCUCCACCACAUCAGCCCACUCCCAGCGGGUCCAGUGGCACCACCUCCAGACGACUCCUGGGAAUGGGAUGAAACUGAUAUGACAAUCACAGAGCCACAAGAAGAAGAAGAACAUCCCGACCUUAUGCACAACCUCCCCUUAGAACCAAAUCUGCCUUUGGACGGCAGUGCAGCCAAUGGGAAUCCACCCAAUGGGAUUCGUGCCAGUGUCACAGCCAAUCAGAGAUCCUCCUCAGAGGCUCAGCCCUAUCUUCCUCCGAACAACAAUAACAUUUAUCAGGUGUACAGCCUCCAUAGUGUCGAGUUAUACAGACAGCCUCAGUUUCCUCCUACUUCCUCCAUGUUGCACAAAUCAGGGAAACGGAAACAGCACAUUCUGCUAAAGAGCCUGAGUAAGGACUCCUCGUUUUCCUCCAUCGAAUCCCUCCCGGACAUCCUGGGUGGUUUAAUUCCAAACCGCCAAGGAGGAGAGAAACCCGUUGCGUACCGGGAUGGGGAGAGUGGCAGAGGAAGCGGCCAAUCUGCGAACAGUCGACGCUCAGAAAGCGAGAGUGGGAUCGUAAGCGAUACCGGAGACACCGAGACAAUGACGACAAACUCAGAAGUCCAGGAAGAGGAUCAGGGAGAAGAAGAGGAAGAUGAAAAGAGUCAAAGAACCAAGAGAGAGGAAAGUAUGAAGGAGAAAGUAUGGAGAAGAGACGAAGUCAAAAGUGAAAGCAGAAGGAACCGAGAGGACGAAAAGAGGAGGAAGCACAGGAGAGGCGAGGCGGUUGAGAUCUUAAUCAACGGACGUGGGAUUCUGACUCCUGCUGACUCUGAUUCGGACAUUGAGGUGGGAGGACCUGACUCCUCCAAGGCCUUUACGUCCCGCAGUGACUUCCCAGUAUUCCCGGUUGAUUCUAACGGUAGAGGGACUCCUCCUGCUCUCCGCCGCCAAACAUCCAGUCCAGUAUUAUCUCUGAGCUCCUCCCUGGAGUCCCUUCUGGCUCUGGGUGGGGAGUUAUUUCCCUCCAAAGACCAGUUGCACCGUAGCACCUCUUUGGAGAGUUGCCUGGUGCCGUGUCGUAGUGCUGAAGACACCGGGGGAAGCAUGGCCAGCCUCGGGGAGCUGGAUCUGGUGCGCAGCAUAGAGGUGGAAGGAGGUGAACCAGUCAAGGACAAGAACAAAAAAAGUGCGCAAGGAGAACCGUCUUCUGGGGAGCUGAGCCGAAGAACCCUUGACCUCCUGAAACGUCUCGAGAACAUCCAGAGUCCUCUGGUCGCGAAUAUGACCCGCAGUGUUUCCGACAUGACGCUUCGGAGCAGCUCCCAUCAGCGGAGCAGACUCCCUGCCUCACCCUCUCUCGGUGGAUGCCACUCCCCUCUUUCUGGGAUUUCAGGGUCACCAAGGAAAGGACCGCCAUCCCUGAUCAAUGAGAGUUCUGCGACGGCAUCUCUGACGGAACUGAGCAGCAACGAAGACUCCUCUCUGGGGUCUGAGGAUUGCGCCAUGCGCAGAAAUCAACACCACCUCUUCCUGGAUCCCACAAUGGCCGCCAACGCCAACACGUGUUGCUACAGGAAGCGUUGCCAGGGUCACGGGCGAGGAGGGCAAGGGAUGGACGAAGCAGAUGCAGCCAGUUUGAGUCUUGUCGUGAACGUCUCCUGUAAGUCGGCAUGCACUGAUGAAGACGAGGACGACAGCGACCUUCUGUCUUCCUCCACGCUCACACUCACUGAGGAGGAGCUUGGAGUUCGGGAUGAAGAGGACGAAGAAGAGGAGAGGCUGAGCGGUGCUUCCUCUGCUAACGAUGAUGACGAAGAGGAGAUGGAGGGGUCUUACGUCCUGGGGCUGGAGUACAUGAAGAGGGAGCUGCAGAGUUGGAUUCGAUUUCCCCGAAAUUCCUCCUCUUCCUCUUCCUCUAAAACAGAGGCGGGCCUCCGGGACGAGCUGCAGUGUGGAACCAACCUGCCCUCGACAUUCACCUCCUCCUCCUCGCAGAACAAUGAGCAGCACUGCUACCAAAACCGCUCCAAACAAGUAGAAACCAACACCAAUAGCGGCAACAACAAAACAAAAAGAGAUAAUAAGGACCAGGAAGAAGAGGAGAAGAACCGCAGGAAUGCAACAAGGAGCUACAUCAGCCAGUUUGUGGACGACGUGGAGAACGGAAACGUGGAUCAGAGCUGUUUGAAAGGGAAAGACGAGGACGAUGAACUCCUUAGAGAGGAGUCGAGCGUGUUCACAAAGAAGGGCGAGUCACUGAGGGAGUCCUACAUGUUCGCCAAAACAGAGGAGUCAGAUCAGGAUGUUAGCGACUGGAUGAAAACAGAAUCAACGAAGCAGCUUUCUCCAUCACCGUCCUGCGAUCUCAAUCCCUUCUUGUCCAAAAAUGCUUCCUCUUUAGUCGGACAACUGAGAGGGGAGUUACCCUGCCACAGCUCCUCCCUCCCCUCGCCGCCUUCCCUCUCUCCUGUUGAAAACGGCACUUCCCAGGAUGCCUUGCACGACAGCAGGACAGCAACCGGGGUGCGGAAAGCCAUCACCAGUCAGGAGAAGUUCAAAUUCUCGUCUUUUGUGACGGAGGAAACGAGGAGGGUGAGAGACAAAGAGACGUCCCGGCCUCCCAAAAAACGCCACAAUUCUCACUCCUCCUGCUGCAACCACCUGCCCUCGCCCUCUUCCCUCCAACCAUGCAGUGAAGCCGAGGGAAAGAAAGAGAACGUGCACGACUUUGUAAUGGAGAUUAUUGACAUGACGUCACUGGCGCUGAAGAGCAAAGAGAUCCAGUCCGAAGAACCGAACCAGAAUGAAAGUCGGUCCGUCCCAGAACGAGGUCCUGCAUCGGCACAGAUCAAAAACAAGAUCCUCGAACACUCCCACCGGCCUCUCCACCUUCGUAAGGGAGACUUCUACUCGUACCUGUCGCUCUCCUCCCACGACAGCGACUGUGGCGAGGUCAGCCAGUGCUCCGAAGACAGGGGCUCCUCUCCGACUCCGUACAACAUCCCGUCCUACGUCACGCCGACUCAGGGCCUACACAGCCCGAGCCCCGAGCUGUUCACCAGCACCAGGCAGCAGAUGUCAAACUCGGCCCCGUCUUCCAGGCAGACGUCACCCGGCUUUGAAUCCAAGAAGAACUUCUGUGCUCUUGAUUUGAAGUCGGGCAGCCCCUCGAUAUCUCUGCCCGCUAGCCCGGAGAUCAGGGACGAGGAGACGCUGUUUGCUGCCUGUACGGAGGAGGUUUACCUGGGCCCGCCUCUCUGCUACAGCAUGGUGCUCACUAAGAAACCACAGCGCUUCCUGCUGAAGGAAAAUCUGGAGUUCCUGCCAUCUUUGGACUCCAAGCUGAACAGUGUAGCUAACUUGCCUUGUUCACAACUACACGACAAACCAGGUGAUAGUCUGAUGUCUCCCUCGAAGGAUAGAGACCACCUGUACUUCCAACGAUCCACAGAGGGAACACAGAGCUCAUUCUCUACCUUCCUGGAGCCUUGUCACAGCUCUUCUUCCAGCUACUCCGCCUGUCUCCAGGGCCCUGGCUUUACCGACAACCCUUCCUCCCUUCCACUCGCCGGGGAAGAGAAGCGAGGUGAGGACCUGUACGUCCUCUGUGAUGUCGCUGGAGGAGAAGUCGCGGCCGCUGCGAGUGUCAUCUUGCUGCAGGAGGAGAGGAGUCGUAAUGAGGGGCCUCCUUAUCUUAAUCCCCGGGCGCGUGUCGCCCCGAUAGACUCCUCCGCAGCUGAAUGUUUGGCAGAUACUAAAACGCUCGAAUCCAAUAUGGGCGCCGUAAUGACCAAGAUAAGUGUCUGCAGCUCCGCUACAAAUCCCUCAAAAGAGCCAGCCGCCGCCGCCGCCACCACGCGUAUUAAUCCCAAAAUUAACCGCUCGCUGAUGAGAGAGGCAGAUAGGGGGGAGGAGGGGGAGAGGCGAGGAGAGGUGGAUACUCGGCGGGUGAGGAGAGGAAGGAGUGGCUCGCAGCAGGAAGGGAAGACGGCGACGGAGAAGCAGUCAGCUGUCAAUCAGACCACCAGAACAGCACAAACCUCAGUGAGACCGCCCACCUCCAGGACCCGGACAGUCACACGAAUCCCUGUGCUGGGAUCAGGAACCUCCAGGAUCCAGAUGUAAGAAGGGGAUCUCCUUCCCUCUCCUCCCCGCUGAGCUGAUCUCUCCCCUGUCCUCGUCUCUCCAGAUCCCCCCCCCACCCCCCGAACUCCCCAAAUCUCACUGCUGUAACCGGACAGAUCUUUAAGAAACUGGAAGGAAAAACUCAUCCUGCAGCUUCAGGGUUAUAUCCCACAACUUAUUCACAGUGAUACUGAUUUCAGGUUUGAGUUUCUGAGUGAUUUAUGAAGCAUUUUUUUAGGGUUUGGCUGUGCAUAUGUGUUAGUGUGUGGGCAAUAUGUAGUAUUUACAUCUUUAGAGAAGAAGAGUCAAGAGCUCAGAGGGAAACAAUGUGCAACAAUACAUCCAAGAAGCAUUUCAGUGUGAUUUAAAAUGUGGUUUUAGGAUUAAAUACGGGAUAAAACAGUGUAUUGAGUUCAAGAUUCAAGAGCUUCAGGAUGGAUAGAAGGCAGAUAAGUUGUUGGACGGAGAAAUAUGAAUUGCAGUGAAAUCCAAUAUGUGUGAAAGGAGUAAUUGAUCCAUUUUUUGCAGCUUAAGAGAGAUAUUUCGCUUAGGAGUCACAAUGUUACAUGUCCUGUUUAUUACAUAAAAUCCUACUUAAAAUUGGGCUAAUUAGGGGUAAAAAACUGUCUUCUACACUUUUACACACUUCUUCCUCUGCUUAUUUCUUCUGGAUGUACUUCAGUAUUCUUCUACCACAUCUUCAGCCGGUUUGCAUGACUUCCUACUGUACCUUCGUUCUUAGUGCUGCAGUUGUGUACACACUGUUGCACAGGUAGCAUGCAACUUUCUGACAAAAAACACCUGGAGAUGAUGUCAGUAUUCAUUAUAUGUUGCUGUGAUACACUCCGUAGAUCUUUUUGCCAUCCUGUGACUUAUAAAUGUUGUAUGACUCGGUGCAUAAACUGUAAACAGAGUCACACAACCAUGAAGCCUCAGUUAUCUGAGAAAAGUGAACUAAACCGUUAAAGCUAUCAUUCAGAAAGUGUUGUUUAGGACUUGCUUUUAAAAGAAAUAAGGACAUUAUUGAUGCUCAAGAUCGAGGAAAACUAGGAAUAUUAAUACCUGUCGAAAGCCCCACAUUUGUUGAACUUCAGGAGAUAUAAAGAGGCCAAAAAGUUGUAGUUAAAGAAGCUUAAAGUGCACAACGUAAACUGUAUUAUCAUUUCUGUAAAAGCAAUACGGAGGAAAAUCAUUGCCAACUAUGAAGCACGCUGCUAGACUUUGAUUUAGACGUCAAACCCCAAAAAUGCCAAACCUAAAGACGGAUCAGUUGUGCAUCUAAACACCUAAUCAAUAUAUAUAUAUUUACCUUAACUUGACCAGGACAUCUCCUAGCUGUGUGAAUUGUAUUUUGGGAGCAAAGGUGGAACCGGUAUGUGGAAGUUGAAGAAGGAAAGAUGUUGUUCCUUAGAUGAGUUUGUUGGAUCGGAAAAGGUUGUGUAAGGGACUGAGAACGGACGGAUAGGGAUGAGUUUGGAGAACGUGUUAGAGCCGAAAUACUUCUAAAUGAUGGAAUAGAGUGGCGCAGUAGUGAGUCCUAAAACCCGUAAAAGACUUCAAAGAACCACUUCUGGGUUCCCUCGUCCGGAUGUCGAUGUUUUUUUUAACGUGUUUGUGGUUAGACCCUCUGUUCUACCACAUAAACUCCAUCAGUAAAUACCCCACUGAAGGAUUUCCGAAGCUCCUACAUGCUAACAAGUGACUAAAUUAACCACCAAACGUCAUCGUGCCGAGCAUUAGCCGCCUUUAGCUUGGCGGUGGUGAUGCGCAGACAUGAUGUAGUUCCUUUAUAACCUUUCCUUAGCUUUUUACUUCUGCCGAUUGCAUGUACCCUUCAAAAACCAUAAAGUGGAGCUAAUAUGUGGAAUUUAUCCUGCUGAACAGAAAUCCAAUGGGGAAAUCCCACUGGCUUUUGGACGAUGCACCCCUUCUGCACCACUCUAUUGAAGUGUCAUAUAACUACUUUACUUCACUUGAGACUCUUGUCCAGUGUGAGUAAACAUUUGAAGGGACAGAAUCAGUUGUAAACCGUUCAGGUGCAACUUUGUGAUAGAUUCAAGGUUGUCUGACUUCAAAUGUGACAAAGAGUACCUGAACAAACCCUUAGGUUCUUCUUGAGGCAGGAACUCGUGAAAAUGCAGUGGUCAAUCCUCUGUAGAAGGUUCAGCCUGCAAUUGUGCAAAAAGGUGAACUCCUUGGAAGUCAGGUCCUUUCCUAGAGGCUCCUCCAAAUUUUGCUUGGAAAUGCGCUAUGGUUUCCUCAGACCAAGAACAUCUUUGGCAGACCAGUAGACACAGUUACCAUUUACAACUUUGGAGGUAACUUGACCAAGUGUAUAUGUUAUCAAUGAUUGCUUGAAGCUGUUACAGGAAGGAAGAAGUCAUUCGUUGAGGUCUUCUGUAAAUCUUCUGAGAAUUUAGUAAGAGCAAAGUCUCUGGCACAACUUCUUGGUGGUAAGGAGUACCUGAAUGCACCAUGAGUUUUCUUUCUAGGGAGGAAAUAGUGAGGAUGCUUUGGUGAGUCCUCUGUAGACCAUCUCAUGUUCAUCCUGCAGUCCUUCAACUAUGCUUAGUCUGCGUCCUUAAGGAUGCACAGAAUCAUCGUUCUGCAAACUGUUCAUCGUUGAGGUUUGGUGACGAAAUAUAGGAUUUACGUUCAUUACCUAUACGCCUGCUUUGCCGUUUGGCGAAGUCAUUGUGCUCUGAAUCGAUGGAAAUACUAUUCACACCCAUCAGGUCAAACGUAGCUCUACCUGUGAACUAUAUAUUAACCUCUCUCUGCUGACAGCAACGUCUGCAAAACGAGGGAUAAACCACUUCUAAAAGACGGGAUUUUAUCUAUGCAACACGACCAAAGUUGGUGUUGUUGUGUAGGCGUUGAGGUUUGAUGACUGUUGGUGGGGGCGUGUGUUGUUAUACUACUGCUGUAUGUAAGUAAGUACACCAUGUAUUGUUCAUUUUUUAUUUUCUAGAGAACUCAUGAAACGAUGAUUAGCAGUGACGCUGGGGGUUUUCGGGGAUCGGUAUUGAGAAGGUGUGCGUAGGACAAAAUAGGGUUUGAAAUCUUUCAAAUAUAAUUGUGUGCCUUGCUCUACUGUUACUACUUCUACCUUUUUUUUGUUUUGUUAUUUAAAAACCACUGCUUUCUUUCCCAGUUAGGUGAUUAAAAAAAACAUGCAACAAAAAAAUCAAAUGUGAAACAAAAAGGUUCAAGAUGUGUAUAUAUGUAAAGGUGUGAAACCUUGGUGUAAAAUGCAGAGGGAGGAAUGCUUGGUGUUUGUGUUUAUUUAACUAUGUAUGUGACCUGUGAUGUGGAAUAUCUUUAUUAUUAGUAUUGGCCAUAAAGAGCUUGACUGCAUGGUUCCUGCUAACUACAAUGUAAAACCAACUGUUGACAAAUAAACUUAAUUUAU